AUGCCUGCGCAAUCCGAGGUGAAGGAGGGGCUAUCGAAAGGCGAAAGUCUGAACACGAUAGAUCCCUCGCCUCUCAAUGACCCCGCGGCGUACUUAUCUCUGUUCAAGUUCAACCGCAAGCUCCACUGCUCCCGGACCGGCUCCGACGUCAGCUUCUCGGAUAUCGGAGACCCAUCCGGAACGCCCGUGCUCAUGAUUCCACCUUCAGGAUAUCCGCUCGCCGCUGGCCAUGACAUCAGACUGAUCGUGGUCGACCGACCAGGCGUGGGUGCGACGCCGAUGGUUCCGUUAUCUCAACGAGUGGAGACCAAUUGUCUUCUUGAUCGCUACCUCAGCUGGAGUAUAGUAGGUCGGUUUCUCAGUGGCGAUGCUGACGGUAGCGUCGCGCUCCGGUUGCUGACCCAGUACUCUCAUAUCUUCAAGACGGCUCUCGCGCCCCCUCCGCACCUCUUCCUCGUUUCACCAUGGUCGCCGCCGCUUCCCACUUCAGAUCCUCUGUAUUACCGUCAGCCACUGGACUGGAUUCCCGAUGCCUUGAUCACUACGCAGGAGUACACGCUACCCGUGCUCGCGACGACACUGCGAGGCGUCGAGGAGGCGCUUCCAGUUGUCAAGGAAGUCUUCCACGAGACGACCGCCGUGGUGAACGAGGCUAUUGGCAGUGCAGUCAACGGCGUCCGCUCCUGGUGGAGCGGCAAAGCAACACCAUCGAGCAUGAGCCGUGCUGCGAGCGACAGCAGCGCGGGCGAGUCUUCCACUGCCGCCAAGGCUGAGAAGGACGUCAAGUCGGUGGAUCAGCUCGGCGCGAUCCCGUCCUCGAUGACGGGUCUGCCAACUGUGCCCGAUGCGGUCGUCCCCGAUGACGAUGAAGAGGAGGAAGAGCGGCAGCGGCUAUGGGCCCCCAGUGCUAAGAACCUGGCGAUGGACUAUAUGCAGGCGGAAAACACCAAAGGCAUUGCGCAGGCUGCGGAGAUCCGCCAUCAGCGCGCGUCCGAGGACGUAUCCGCGGUCGCGCCGUGGGACAAGCCUGCACGUCUCACGAUUUCCGUCUGGUGGGGUGGCGAGGACGGCAUGGUGCCGUCGAACGGGCAGCAGUGGCUGAACAAGACACUGAGCAAGUAUCCUAAGGAGAUCGAGCUCAUCGUACACAACGUCGAGGACGGUGACCACGGAGAUUUGUGA